UGAAUCCAUCAAACAUGAUCUCGAAACGAAAAUGUAUCAACACAAACUCGAGCAACAAAUCGAAAAAGUACAAUACAAUCAAACAGCAGUUAUGCUGCUAAUCGACACGUGUCAAUUGGUGAGAGAGAAUACCUCACGUGCUGUCACCAGUCUCGAUAAUAUGGUGUUGUAUUUCAUGAAAACGAAAGGCAGCGAAAACGAUACGUCACUUAUGGGAUUAUUAUAUCUCGGCGAACUAUACGAAUCAAUUCGUUGGCCCGUAACCCUCGGCUUCCUCACACUACUCCUGCUACUCUGCACCAUACUGGUGAUUGGUGUAGCGCGUCGUUCGCGUUGUGCUCUCAUCUUCUUCAGCGUAUCCGGUUUAUUUUGUAUUAUCAUUUGUUGGCUGCUGGCUGGCAUUUACCUGGCAUCCUCGGUGGCAGCGGGUGAUUUCUGUAUGCGUCCGCAUGAGUUUAUGUGCCGGCAAGUGGGCAUGGUAAGUUUAUAA